AUGACAAGUUCAGAGCCAAAAAAUGAAAAUUGGCGCAAUUACAGCGACCUUAAGCCAAUUAAUGUAUUCGAAUACCCAGAUCAAGCAUCAAAAAUCAUUUGGGGCGUCAAUUACAAUAAUAUUAUACAAAUAUCUUCACAAAUUAUCGAAUUAAUAACAACCCACAAAAUACAUAUCCAAAUGGCACUUUAUUUCAUAGACAUUUUUUCACAAAUUCGUGUUAAAGAAAUCAAAUUAUUUUCAGAACUUUAUCAAAAGAUAUUAAACGCAUUUUCAUACAUUUAUAAACCGCAAAAUAAUAAAUUAGCUACUCUUCUACAUUAUCAAGGUUUCAAAUUCGAAAACUUCGAACCUGAAAUUGAAGAAGAUGAAAUUCUGAAUUUAUAUUCAAAAGAAUCUCCUUUAUACUAUAUUGCAUGGGAUAAAGUUGAUGAUCUUAAGAGUAAAUUCCCAAAUCUUGAUAUUGAUGAGGAAAUUAAUAAAAUCACACCACUUGACUGGGCAAUUAAAUAUGGCUCAGAAUUAUGUUUCAAUUACUUGAAAAAUUUAGGAGCUCAAUACACUGAUUACUCCGAAGAAUAUGCUGUUCAAGGUGGAAAUGAAAACAUUUUUAUGCAAAUGAUAGAAGAAGGUAAAUCAUUUAAAAAAAUGAUUAAUACAGCAUUGAAUUAUCGAAACUAUGAAAUUGCUGAGUACCUUAAAUCAAAUUUUCGUCAAACUCCUGAUUCAAUAGCAGAAAGCAUGUAUUUUUGUAAUUAUAGCGUUGCUUCGUGUUUGAUUUCUAAUGGGGCUGAUAUCAACAAAAUUUAUAAUCUCUUUCUUUUCAUAUUUAACAUUGUUUUAUGGAGUUCUCAUUCUUUUCAUAUUUAUCAUUGUUUUAUUGGAUUCUCUCGAUAUUAA